AUGAACAAACGAACCAGUAUCCUGAAAGCCGCCGCCCACGCCAGUGCCAAUGAGGAAAAUGAAUUCGGUGUGGCCAUGUAUGUUGUACUGCAGAACAAGGUCUUUGGCUUACCGGCCAACGACACGCCACAUGACUCCGAGGUUUACCUCAAGAACCUCAUCACAGCAUACCACAAGCUUUCCAUCCGCCCGCAUAACAACGAGACUGAGCAAGCUCGUGCCACGAGGCUUGAAAAAGCCAAUCAGGUCAACCGGAAGUUCAAAGAUGCGAAGCUUUCGUUCGUCACCGCUCUGAACAAGCCGGCAUACAAGCGCGAUGUCGAGAAGAGGACCGAGUUCGUGAACAGCAUUGACAGGAAGCCAGAGCCACGAAACACCGUUGUCCCAUCAGCCGCGAGACAAGUAAGGCCUCCGGAGCCUUACUACUGGGAAAUGUCCACAGAGGGUAGGCAAGAUUUCUGGAGAUCAAAAUUCACCCUACAUACCGCAGCAAGUUUCUACUGGACGCUUCACCCCACAGUGGCCAUUGAGGCCAACCUCAUGGACCCCAACAUGGGCGCAUUCAUGCAGCAGACAUUUGUGAUGUUCACAAACGACACUUGGGAUCUCUACAUCGCACCUCGUCUCGCUCAAGCUACAAUAUUGAGAGAAAACUAG